AUGGCUUCAAAUAAUAAUAUGCAAAAUUUUUAUAUCAAUGAAAAUGAAAUAUUAAGUCCAACGAAAAGGGGUAUAAAGCUUGAUGUUAGUAAAUUAAAUAUUUUUAAUUUUUCAAAUUUGACAAAAAACCAAGAAGAGAUAAAAGAAAAUUCGUCACAAACUUAUCAAAAAAAUAAUAGUUACACACAAAAUGCUUACAAAGAAUUAAAUGAAGAAAAAAAUAAAACUAUUGAAAAUAACAUUAACAAUUUAAAUAAUGUAACAAUAAAUUCGAGCUUUACAGUAAAUAAAAAAAAAAAAAAUAAAAAUAAUAAAUAUAAUUUGGAUAACUCAUCUUCUACGCAUUCAUCUAAUUCGUCAUCUUCUUUUCCUCUUCACACUGUCUCAAAAAAUAAAGUAAACAAUAAAGUAACAAAUAAAGUAAAAAAAAAAAAAAAAAAAAUUCCAAGUAACACUGAUACAGAUACUUCUACAAAUACUGCUAGUCAAAGCGAAACAGACAGCGAUUGUAUACUUAUUUUUAAAUCAAAUAAUUUAAAAAAAGCUAAAAACAAUACAAUUGAAGAGGAAGAAAUGGUAAUGACCCUAAGGAAUAGAACAGCUAUCGAUAAAAAUAAUGACGCAAAUAAAAAAGAAAAAAUACAAAAUGGAAAAGAUAACAAAACUGAUAGGAAAACUUUAAGAAGUGACAUAUUAAAUGCCACAGGAAGGAAUACAAGAUUGGUUAAAGAAAAAAAUGAAGAAAAAAAAAAUCUUAAAUUAACAAAAUCAAAAUUUUCACCGAAAAGAAAAUAUUUUCACCUUUCAAAAGAUAAUGAUACAUAUAAAAAUGAUUCUAAAAAAUUUAAAAAAAAAUAUAUCAACAUAAAUAGUGGCACAGACAGUCAUACCAACUCAUCUUCUCAAUCAUAUACAAGCAAUAAGCAUAAUAAAAAAAAUGACAAAAAUAUUAAAAAAAAAUUAUACACAAAUACAGAAAUAGAGAAAAUCGUAAAGUAUACUUACAUAAAAUUAGUAAAAGAAAAUUAUUGUGAAUAUCAAAAUGGAGUAAUAUAUGAAAGUCUCGUCAUAAAUAAUGAAAAGUACUCAAUGGGUGAUGAUGUUAUGAUUUUUUGUGAAACGGAUUCUAAAAAAAGUAGCGUUACCCAAAUGUAUGAACUAAAAAAAGGAAGAAUAUCUGGAUUUUACAAAAGUAAUGAAAAUAGCAAAAUUCAAACAGAAAUAUGUAUAUACUAUGAUAAAAAUGAUCAAAUAUACAUAGACCAUAUUAACAAAAUAUCAAAAUUAAGAAGGUCUAGAGAAAAUUUUGAAGAUAUAAUCGACACUAAAUCAAAGGAAUUUUAUUUGUUAGGAAAUAUCAAAUUUAUAAUGUUAGAUUCAAAAUUAAUUUAUAAAAAAAUUAUUAUUUAUAACGAAAAAAAUACAUUUUAUAAUGAUAAAAAGUUAAAAAGUGGAAUCGAUAAAUUUUUAUGUACAUAUUAUAUAAAAGGAAAAGAUGAAAAAAUAUUUGAAAUUCAAGAUAAACAACAUUGGGAAGAUUUAGUUAUGGGCUCUAGUAAUUUAUAUUACUAUUUUUCAAACCGAAAUAAUAACAAUAAAAAGAAAAUUAUUAUACCAGCUUUAGACAAAUUAAAAAUUCAUGAAAAUAUUUCAAAUAAUUCUAAAACCAGAAACACAACAAAGCAUGCUGCAACUUAUUCUGAAGAAAAAUUAGUAAACACAUCUAAAACAACAACAAAUAAAAUGAAGAAAGAAAAAGAUGGAAAUUUUGACAAAGAAUUUAAAGAUUUUAUAAAACAAGAUCAAGAAAUUUAUUAUACAAAUUUAUUAAACUCAAUAGCACACCCAACAGACAGAGCUAUAAGAAUGAUGCAAUUAGAUGUGGUUCCUAAAUAUCUACCAUGUAGAGAAAAAGAAAUAAAAGAAGUUCAUGGAUUUUUAGAAUCCGGUAUUAAGCAAUCAGGAAGUAAUCAAAUACUUUAUAUUAGCGGAAUGCCAGGUACAGGAAAAACUGCUACUGUAUAUAGUGUUAUACAAUUAUUAAAAAAUAAAAGUAAUAAAAAAUUAUUGCCUCCUUUUAAUGUAUAUGAAAUAAAUGGUAUGAAUGUAGUUCAUCCAAAUGCUGCUUACCAAGUUUUCUAUAAACAAUUAUUUAAUUCAAAACCUCCUAAUGCUUUAAGCUCUUUUAAAAUAAUAGAUAGAUUAUUUAAUAAAAAUAAAAAAGAUAAUAGAAAUGUAUCAAUAUUAAUUAUAGAUGAAAUCGAUUAUUUAAUUACAAAAACACAAAAAGUACUUUUUACAUUAUUUGAUUGGCCAACUAAAGUAAACAGUAAAUUAAUAUUAAUAGCUAUUUCUAAUACUAUGGACCUUCCAGAAAGAUUAAUACCUAGAUGUAGAUCCCGUUUAGCAUUUGGCCGAUUAGUUUUUAGUCCAUAUAAAGGUGAUGAAAUUGAAAAAAUUAUUAAAGAACGUUUAUAUAAUUGUAAAGAUAUUAUAGACCAUACAGCUAUACAACUAUGCGCAAGAAAAGUAGCAAAUGUAUCUGGGGAUAUUCGGAAAGCAUUACAAAUAUGUAGAAAAGCAUUUGAAAAUAAAAGAGGUCAUAAAAUUGUGCCACGAGAUAUUAUUGAAGCUACUAAUCAACUUUUUGAUUCCCCUUUAACUACUGCUAUUAAUUAUUUGCCUUGGGCUUUUAAAAUAUUUCUUACUUGCGUAAUUAUUGAAUUAAAAAUUAUUAAUGAAUUUAUUAUACCAUAUAAAAAAGUUGGAAAUAGAUAUAAAGUAAUGAUACAAACAAGUGGGAAAUGUAUAGGUAUGUACAAUGAUACUGAAUUAUUUAAAAUUAUGAUUGAUAAAUUAGUUAAAAUGGGGAUAUUAUUAAUUAGACCAUAUAUACCUUUAGAUUCUAUUGCAAAAAAUAAAAAUAAAGAAGCACUAUUAGGGUUUAAUGAACCUGAAAAAAAAGCUUCCGAAAAUAAACCCUAUAAAACACAAGUUAGUCCUGACAUCGAUCAAGAAUCUGGGGACAUGGGAUUAGAACUUAAUGUCGAACCACAACUUGUUAUUACUGCACUUAUGAAGGAUCCUGAAUGUGCUCAAAAAUUAAACUUUUAUUAA